UACAACUUCGUCCGUUUGGAUGUCCGAUUCACUUGCAAGCGAUAACUUUGUACCUACGAAAUAUGGAGCGUGGAAGGAUGAGUCGAGCAACAGGCAGACAAUCGGAGCUGCCGAUGCGAGUGCAAGAUAGCAACAGGAUGAGCAUGGUGUAUACAACGCCCCAGAGUAAACAACCUUCAUUUGGAAAGCUCAACAUACCCAAACCGCAGUCCGUCACCUCGGAAAGGCGGACCAGCUUCUUUGGUGCCCGGACUAGUGGAGCCAACAUGCCUCGUAACAGCACCAUGUCAGGGUUUGGAGGUACUGAGAAGAUCAAAGAUGGGAGACCCCUGCAUGAUAAAUCCUAUGUGCAGCAGUGUAUCAGACAACUGCAUGAGUUCCUGACUGAGCAGGGUUACCCAGGCACUUUGUCAGCCAAGACCCUCCAGUCUCCCUCGACCAAGGAGUUUGUAAAGAUAUUUGAGUUCAUCUACUGUCAGCUAGACCCAACCUUUGAGAUGCCAAACUCAAAAGUUGAGGAGGAGGUUCCAGCUAUCCUGAAAGCCCUGAGGUAUCCAUUUGUUCUUUCCAAGUCUUCGAUGUAUUCUGUUGGGGCUCCCCAUACCUGGCCUCAGGCCCUCGGUGCUCUCAUGUGGCUAAUUGAUAAUGUCAAGAUCAGCUGGAGUUUGAGUAAGCAGGAGCUGCUGUUCAGUGAUUUCUGUGAAGACGGUGACAAUAUCGAGGAAGGGGCUGAGUAUAACAAGCUAUUCCUGGACUACACAGCUGAGACAUACUCAAAGUUCAUGCAGGGUCAAGACACAUUUGAGGAUGAGGAUGAAGCAUUCUUAACUAAACUAAAGAAGCUCUACAACGUUGAUGAAGUCCUGCUCUCUACGAUGGAGGAGAAAUACAGAAUACUUAGUGAUGAGGUUGAACGACUGGAGAAGGAGAGCCAGACGGACCGCCUAAUGACCAAGAAGAUGGAAAGGGUGAAGCUGCAGGCAAACCUCAACAAACUCCAGAGUUAUCGAAGUACCCUGGAGUCAUUUGAAGCCAGCCUGGAGAACAAAGCUUCAGAACUGAAUGAUGAGCUGGAGAAUACUGCCAGUCAUCUGGAGUCUCUAAAGCAUGAACGAGAUGAACUGCAACACCUGCUGCAGAAUCAGAAGUUUACUCCAGCUGAUGUAGAGAGAAUCAACAGAGAGAAGAGGGAACUCCAGCAGACCAUCUCAAGUCUCAGCAAGUCUCUUGAAGAUGCUGAACAGCACAAGUGGAAUGAGGAGAUCACUCUGGCCAAAGUAAAAGAGAAGGCGGAGUUGAAGCUGGCGGAGUAUCACAAGCUGGCACGCAAACUGAAGCUGAUACCACUGUCUGCAGAGAACGCUGGUGGUCACGAUUUUGAGAUCAGGCCUUUUGAGUUUGGACCCAGCAGCAUGAUUCAGCACAAAACACAGAUACAAAUGCUUUUGAGAAAGCUGAUCAGUGAUGUAGAGGAAGAGAACAGCAGACUAGCAGACAUGAAACUCAGUCUGGAGGAAUCUUGUGAACAGGUGAAUUCUAACAUCUUGGACAAGUCCAAUGACAUUAAGCAGCUGAGAGAGCAGAUUCGCAAGCUAGAUGAACUGUUGGAUUGUGACAUGCAGGAGCUGGCCCGAGAGGAAGAGGACUGGGCACAAGAGAUGGAGUCGGUGGACAACCAUCAUAAGCUUCUUCAGAAGAAGGUUAAUUGUGGUUAUGACGAGGCUGUGCAACAACUGAAGGCAGCGCAGCAACAGUACCACCUGGUGUUGCAGGAGACCAAUGAGGAGAGACGAACAGUAGCCAACAACCUUGCGUCUGUAUUUACCACAGCUGCCAACCACUUGUCAAUUACAGAGAAGUGCCUGGAGAACCUGCACAGCAAAGUGCAGCAUCUCCGCUCUAAGACUAUAGAAGAGGAUAAGGCAGCUGUACAGAAGAUGCGGGAAGCUUUCAAGGGCUUCGUGUCGAAGGCCAACAGUUUAUGAAGAGAGGUAGAAGGAUGGAUCUGCAUGGGGAUAUAGUUUAAGAGACUGUGGAACUACAACAACGCCGCCAAACUUCACUGCAUUCCUAACCUCCUCCUCUCCUUCCUCAUUUCUGUAGGAAAACAGUAGCAAGAAUAUUUGACACCUCAUACUUUUACAUGAGUUAUUCUUGAAAAAAUGAAAAUGACACAAAACAUAAGACUAAUUAUAUUAGAGGGACUGCUCAUACUUUGUGUACAAGCGCAUAAGAUAGAAUCCAGAAGGCAGUAAAGGAAUAAUUCGCCCAAAUUAUCCCUUAAAAAGGCUAUCAGAAAAGAGACCUGGAGGGAAAUGUUUUGUCAACAUUGUUGUGGGAGCUCCUUCAUUAUCUCUGAAGUUAACAAAAGAUGUUUAAAAAAAAUCUUAAGUAAAUGUUGUAAAUUUGUCCUUUUGAUGUUCUUAUUAAAGUGUUUUUGGAGUUUA